ACGUAGUUGUUUACACUACAUGAAUUCGUUGAACAACUUGUCACGAGAAAAAGCGGAUAUUUAACACCAUGGAGAACGAAAACAAGGGUGGCACUGAUUUUUUACACAGAUCAAAACGGAAAGGAACUGCUUUGAACGAGGAAUUAGAAUACUGGAUGACUCGACUUCCGGAAGCGUUGAAAACAGUACCCAUAAUACAUUUGGCAAUACCCGGUUCUCACAAUACAAUGACUUAUACUAUAUCGAAGAAUAAUGGUGUCGGACCCGACGAACCGAGAUACAUCAGGGCCCUCGGUCGCUACUGCUCGAUCGUCUCAAAACCCAUUAUUUUUAAUUGGUCUAUUACGCAACACGAUAACGUUAAGGAUCAGCUGAACGGCGGUAUACGAUAUUUGGAUUUACGUGUUGCCACGAAACCACAGAAUGGUGAUAUUUAUUUUGUUCAUGGUUUAUACGGAUCGAAAAUAUAUCAACCAUUGCAAGAAGUGGCGGGAUGGCUGUCGUCGCAUAGCAACGAGAUCGUAAUUUUGGAUUUUCAGCAUUUCUAUUCGUUCUCUGAAAUGGACCAUCGUCAUCUCGUGGAAACGAUUUUCCGAAUAUUCCAGACAAAAUUGUGUCCAAUAGCUUCUACGUUUAAUCAUAUAACGUUAAAUUGGCUUGCUCUGGAAAGGUAUCAGGUUAUAGUUAUUUACAGAAACAUAUACGCGCAAAAUUAUUCGAACUUGUGGCCAAGUGGCUUGUGGCGAACCCCAUGGCCCAAUACAGUUCAUGUAAGAGAACUUAUAGAUUUUCUCAAUGCUGAAUUACAGACACGACCUUUGGAUAUCGGUUUUGUAUCGCAGUGUCUUUUAACACCCGACAUGCCUUUCGUGCUGAAACAUUUAUGCGGUACGCUGCAAACAAAUUUAGUACCACAAUGCCAGAAAGCGAUUCUUUCUUGGAUAAAUCAAAAACGACCUGGCCGAGGUGGCCUGAAUAUUGUUAUAGCUGAUUUCGUGUCAGAUACAAAUUUCUUAUUUUGUAAAACUGUUAUCGAAAGUAACAAAAAAUUUCUUAAUUUAUAGGUAGUCUAUGUAAAAUAUUUUGUACUUCAAUAUGCACAUGAAUAGUCGAGUUGAUUGUGAUAAAUUAUUUUCAACGCUAUAUUAUGCAUUUUGAAUGCAAAAGUACACCAACUGUUUUAAUUUUAACGAAGUAUUUAUUUAUAUUUGUAAUAGGUAAUAUAAUAAAUUUUUGUUGAAAUUACCUUAGUAAAAAUUUGUAACAUUUAAGUCUUUGUAAAGAAUUUAACCUAUGUAAUGUGUUCAACUGUAAAUUUUUGUCAUGUUUUUAAAUAAGUACAAUGCCGGAAAUAAAUGGAACUUUGAUAUCUUGGAGAGCAUGACAUCUUUGUGCAUGAAAUAUUAAUCUACAAUGUUAAUAUUAAAUAUUAACAGAUGUUAUGAGAUAAAAAUUGACUAAUAAUAAAUAUCUAUAUAAAAUUCUUUUGAGAAUACUUAUUAUAGUUUCAAAGUUAAAAAUAUCUUUAUACUGACAUUUUAAAG